AAGGAGUUUACCAAGGGGACGCCCCUGCGUUUCAUGUUUCGUCAGCCCGACAGCAUUUUGGCUUUGAAACCGUCCUGCUCCUACCUGUUUCCGGACAGUGACAGGGAGGAGAAGAGGCACUAUCCCACCAUGUCCCGCUACAGCCUCCAUAACCUCCUGGACUGGCUGUACGGCGGCGUGGACCCCAGCUUUGCUGGCAAUGGAGGGCCAGAAUGUGCUGCCUUCCUCUCCGGGCAGCAGCGUCUGUUGGAGAGCUUGGUCUUCCUCAGUGUGGGUUUUGUGGAGAUCUUCUUGUCCUUGUGGAAGCUGAAGCAGCUGCAUUCCAGGGAGCUGGAGGGUCAUCUGCUACGGCAACCCCAAGCUAAGCAGGAGAGCUUGGGCAAAAAUCUGCUACUGGUGGCUCUGUGCCUCAUCUUUGGGCUGGAGGUGGGGUUCAAGUUUGCUACCAAGACUGUCAUUUACCUGCUGAAUCCAUGUCAUGUGGUCACUAUGAUGCAG